GCAGCGGGGGAGUCCAAUGGAAGCCUUCGUCGCAACCCGGAGGAGACAAUCGAGUGCGAUUUAGCUUGAAAAUAAGAGCCGAUUUUAUUAGAUGGGGUUAUAAACGAUAUCUUUUCUCAACAGUCUGGAUUUGCUGUUCUCUCCGCUGUGUUUCAAACCCGCUAAUUUGCCGUUAACUGCGUCUGUUCGGCCUUGUUUAUACUGUGCAAGCAGCUUGAAUCAGAGAAGCAGGCCCGGUCCUGUGCGAGUUUAACGGCCGUUUCGGAUCUGGAGUGUGUUUUGUGCGGAUCGGCCCUUUAGCUCACCAAAGAAUAUGACCCAGAUGCAACAAUGACAUCCAGAUUUGGUAAAACCUACAGCCGCAAGGGAGGAGAGGGCACAUCCAAGUUUGAUGAGGUUUUGUCCACCAAGAGAGGCACCCUUAGCACCAAAUGGGGUGACACCACCUAUAAGGCCAAGGUGGGCUCCAAGCGCGCCGGUGCUCCCAAGAACGACUCUGUGCUGGAGGUAUACAAGAGGCCCCGUUCAUGUGGAGAUGGCUUAGAGGAUCCAUUUGGGUUCGACAGUGAUGAGGAAUCCAAGCCGGUGUCGUCUCGGAGCGGCAGCAAGCCGUCACCCGCCAAGCCGGCCCCAGCAGAGCCUCCCCAGGCGGAAAGGCCAGGCAUUUCUCUGGACACAGGGAGCAGGUCCAGCCUCCAGGGAGUAUCCCACACUUUGGUAUCCACUCGAGGUGCGUCAUGGCAGGCCAGUGACAGGAGCCAACCCAGGGUGAUGGAGGACACAGCUCUGUUCUUCAACAGCAGCAGUGCUAGCAAAGGAAAGUCCCAGCAGAGUUCCUUGUUGUUAUUGGAGAACCAGCACAGCUACUCGUGGUACCAAAAUGCUUCUGAGAGUGACAAGAAACCCCUGGCACAAACCACCGCCCUGAAGACAGGGUCCAAGGCAGAGUGCACCUACGACUCCUGGGAUGCCAUCAUGGGUCUCCGUCCGCCUUCACCCAGCCAGGAGCCUCGUAACCCAGCCCCGACGCUCUCCUGGGCCUCAGCAGGUGUCACCACAGGCAGCUGUGAUCUGGGGCAGACCCGGCAUGAGAAGCCCCCCUCUCCCCCACGGCUGCAGAGGCCCAGCGAGAGUGAGGACCUAGGGGGCAACUCAGAUUUCCUUGUUGAGACAUCAGACUACUCCCAGACAUCCUCCUCCUCAUCACUUGUAAGAAACUCUAACUGUCGGACGUACAGGAGGCCUAACAAACAGGGCCCUGGGAAAGCACCAGAUUCCAUUGGCUUUGCCAGCAAUGUUUUCGGCGGAGAUCUUCCCAAAUCCUCAUCUGAUGGCAGUAAUAAGACGACAGGUAGCGGAGGGGGACGGGGCAGGACGAGGGACUACACAGUUCUGCACCCCUCUUCCAUGUCAAUGUGUAAUGUCACCAUCCAGGACCGAGUGGUGGAGGAAUUUAGCAGUGAUGCAGCACCCUCUAGCGGUAGCGGCACUGCUGUGUCUGGCAGUACAACCGAGCCGGGAGAGGCGGGAUGGCAGCGGAAGAAGACAGAACAACAAAACACGAGGUUCAGGCAGACCCAGACCAAAUCAAAGAAGGACAGUAAGCUGGACCUGUUUGGUUUCGAAGACACAGAUACCCAUCAGGAGGAGAAUAGUGCUGACAACACAGACAGUAAAUCCAGUUACAAAAUUAAAUACUUUGGCUUUGACGACAUGAGUGACAGUGAUGGUGCUGACGAUGACGAUGAUGGCUUUAAAGAGAGGAGGAGGGCCAAGAAGGCUGCCGUCACCAAGGCAACCCCAGUGGUUACCAUGGAAGAAACAGAGACCCAUGACUCCCCAGAUCCUUUCGAGAGGCUGGAGAGUCGUGAAAGGCCGGCAGCCAAGGAGAACAAGAAGAACUCUGAGAGGCAGGAAAGCCGGAUACGAGAAGAUGUCCUGGACUUCUCAGAGGACAGCCUCAGGGUGUUGGCUGGGGCUCCCAGGAGGCCACCUCAGGGUAAACCGCCUGAGAAGAACCCAGACACCUUACGGAGGAUUUUCAGCGCACACAAGAAGUCUCCAACCAAAGCAGUGUAUAACGCCAGACAUUGGACAUUGGAAAGUGAAGAGGAGCCCCCUCCAUCUUUCUUCUCACGAUCACAGACAGCUCCUGGCACAGUCUCAGCUGGAGGAUCCAGUAAGGAGCCCUCUGAUGCUCAGAAGGAUGAUGGCAUUUUCAAGGCUCCUCCUCCUCCUCCCAAGGUCACCAAGUGUGUCACCGUCCCCACAGAUCCCUACCAGGACACCGUCACCACACUCAAAUGCCGCAAAGAGCACAAGGAGCUGUAUACAGUAGUCCAACAUGUGAAGCACUUCAAUGACGUGGUGGAAUUUGGAGAGAACCAGGAGUUCACUGAUGACUUUGAGUAUCUGGCUACUGGUCUGAAGAGUGGACAACCUCUCAACACACGAUGCCUUAGUGUGAUCAGCCUGGCUACGCGCUGUGCCAUGCCCAGCUUUAGGAUGCACCUUAGAGCCAGAGGGAAGGUGGCUCAAGUCUUCAAAACACUCAAUGACGCCCCACAACACCCGAACCUGGCUCUGUGUACGGCAUCGCUCAUGUACAUUCUGAGUAGAGACCGCUUAAACAUGGAUCUGGACCGGUCCUGUCUGGACUUGAUGAUACGCCUGCUGGAGCUGGACCAAGACCAGGGGGGUGGGGCUGCGACAGACUCCACCCCUCAGUUCAGCGCCAGGGAGAUCGCUAAGAUGAAGGAGAAGAUCAGGAAGCUCUGUGACACUGUGCACAACAAGCACCUGGACCUACAGAACAUAACGACGGGUCAUUUAGCCAUGGAGACGUUACUGUCCCUGACUUCAAAGCGAGCAGGAGACUGGUUCAAAGAGGAACUCCGGCUACUGGGAGGACUGGACCACAUAGUAGAUAAAGUGAAAGAGUGUGUUGAUAACUUAAACCAGGAGGAUGAGAAGGAGAAGCUGGUGUCGUCUCUGUGGGGAGCUGAGAGGUGUUUACGGGUGCUGGAGAGCGUAAGUACAUCACACAAAGAGAACCAGAGCUACUUGAUUGCCUAUAAGGACUCCUCACUCAUUGUCUCCUCUGCAAAGGCAUUGAGGAGGUGUGAGGAGAUGAUCCAGCGUUACAGCAGGGAGGUGAACUCAGAUGGAGCCGUGGUGGGGAAAGCAGUAGAGAACUGUAUGAGGGCCAUCAUAGGAGUCCUGCUCAACCUAACGCACGACAAUGAGUGGGGCAGUACGAAGACAGGCGAACAGGAGGAUUUAAUAGUGACAGCUCUGAACUGCGUUCUCAGAGUCCCUCAGUAUCUUCCACAAGAACAGAGGUUCGACAUCCGUGUACUGGGUCUGGGCUUGUUAAUCAAUCUGGUGGAGUACAGUGCCAGGAACAGGUACUGUCUGAUGGAGAUGGAGAUGGAGGGAGGUCAGGGUCCUUGCAACUCCACCGUCCUGCUCAACCCCCAGCACCAGGACAUCGCCAGUACCGGCCCGCUGAGCGCCAUUGCUGCACUCGUACAGCUGUUCCUCCAGCGGGAGCGGGCCGCUGUCCUGGCCGAGGCGCAGACUGAUGACCUCAUCAAGGAGGCCCCGAAGACCGCGCAGGACCAGAGUGGGGAGUGGCAGGAGAUAGGUGGGGAGAUUCAGUGGGUCGCCAACGACAACGACUCUGACAAACAGGAUGACAGCAAGAAGAAUAAGAAAGACGAGGAGGACGAGGAGCUGGACCUCAACAAAGCUCUGCAGCACGCAGGGAAGCACAUGGAGGACAGCAUUGUGGCCUCCUACACAGCACUGCUGCUGGGCUGCCUCUGUCAGGGGAGCCCGUUGAAUGUGACUACUGUGAGAGAGAACCUGCCUAAAGGAGAUUUCUCCAUCAUGACAGAAAUGCUGAAAAAGUUCCUCAACUUUAUGAACCUCACUUGUGACGUCGGCACCGCAGGACAGAAGUCCAUCUCCCGGAUCAUUGACUAUCUGGAGCACUGCUAGAGAGAAGCCUUUCUCAUAUGACACACACAGAGACACACAGAGACACACUCACACCAUGACCAUCAUCAUCACCUCAGAUUAAGUUCACUGCUGGAAACGGGCGUGUUGCUUUCUUAUAACAUACACAUCUUCAUCAUCAUCUUCCUCUCCGUACGGUGACCAUACGUUCUCCUCAUCUUCCAGUUAAAGGAACUUUCCACUGUUUUUCAUGGUUUCAGCGAUGGAAUCUCCAUCAACGCGAUAACUCAAUGAAAAGGGAGUUGUUUUUUUCCCCUAAUUUAACUUCACGAGGCACGAUGGCCUCAAACAUCAACAGCCCAACCCAACUCUCCCACCCGCUGUGAUCAUAGUUUAUUUUACUUUGAUGAAAACUACAGUCCACUUGGGUAUUUUAUUUUUAUGUUCAUGCUUCUGCUAUUUGUAAAAGUUGCUCAGAAGGUUGAGAAAAAGUUGCUUUUGAUAAACUUCCUUUCAAAGUGUCUCCACGGUUGAGGUCCUCUCUUACCUGCUCAGCCCGCCCUUGUGAAAACACCCCAUCUUUGUAUCAGUCGAUGGCUGAUUGGAGUGAAGCUGUCAUUUUCUCCAGCCUGCCAGCCCCCCUCUGCUCUGCUCCUGGAGCUGAUAAUCAUCAAAACAACUCAAGUGUUAAACAAAAAAAAACUGCGGACCAAUAUAAUCUCUUUCUUUCUUUGCUUUGAUACUGAUGACCUUGACUCAUUCCUGGCUACCUGGUUUCUCUCAUGCUGUGUUCGUCUUGUCCUUUUUUUUUUUUCUUUUUCUUCUUCUCUUCUGCUUUGACCUCUCGGCUCUGUCGGAAGGAGGCAGUUUGAGGCCUACAAAAUCAAAAAUAUUGAUCCUUUCUGGCCAAAGAGCAAAGCAAUGGCAAGAGUUCAGGCCCUGAAUUGCAGACCUUAGUGAAUUUAAGGUGGUAUUUUAAGGUGUCUGUUUUUAGGUGUCUGCAUAUAACCCGAAAUCUUCUCUCUUUGGAAGCAAGAGCUUUUCUUCCCUCUUCAGCCUCUGUAGCAAUCUAGCUAGUUUUUAAAUCAGUGGUUCUUCUGGUGCCGUUAUUAAACAGAAACCUCUCCCAUCACGCCGAGCACAGCCCAGUCAGUCGGCACACAACAACACACCUGAGACUAAAACAGAAUGACCCUCGAGGUUGUUAAAACUCUCUGGAAACUUGGAACGACCCCCCACCCUCCCCAAAAGUAGAAACUUUUUCCUUUCAAAGAAUCGAUCGCCCUCUCGCUCAGCAUCAAAGCUUUGUGUCUCGACGGGACCCGAGCCCUCCGGACCAGAACCUGUCCUCCUUCAGCUCCUUUCAAUUACCGCCCAUGUGUGUGCUCGCCACUCGGAGAGGGCCUUCAAUUACAGCACAAAGGCAGCCGAGCCGCCCUGGUCUGAGAGGUGAAGACGAGCUGCUUUUCUUUGGUUUUGAACUGAGCCACCAACAGAGAGGCUUUCAAAGAUCCAGUCAGUAUUUUUCCUUCCUGUUCAGUUGUUUUUGGACAGAAAGACUUCAGCUGUAGCUGAUAAAUCCCGGAGUACACAGUUUGCAGUUAUACUUUAUGGAAACUCCUUCUCUGAUCCUUUUGACACUUUCAGAUCUAAUCUGUCCAACACUUUACAGAAAGGAGUUUUUCCGUGAAGUGCCGUAUUUUUAAUUCCCAGAAUGCAGCAACCUCAAGAGGAGAGUGAAGGCGCUGGAAAUUUGUAAAUUGUAUGAUUAGUCUUGUUUUAUUCCUCUUUGGUGGAUUUCUCCCUGUCGGAUCAUUGAGCAUCAGUCCAAAAUGGCAACUAAAGAAAUUCCCAAAGCCCGUCCUUCAAUGCUUUAGAUGUUUGAAACGUUUUCAGAUAUCAGUCUCGAGGAGAAAAGAUGAAGGAUUGAAGUGCAAAGUACAUCAGCAGCUGCAGUUUGUCAAAAGGCUUAAUGGGGAUUUUCGGUCCUUUUUUUUUUACAUUUCAGUACCACUUUCUGAUAUAGUGUAUAAGUUGUUACUAAUGGGUUUAUUAAUGUUAAGAAACCAUUUAUUUUUUAUAGAUCACUUAAAAGCAUGAAUAAGAAGAAAACCUUUAGGUUGCCACAUUGUGAGAAAUAUCUGCCUGGUGUAUCCUCCUCCAGUAUGACGCUCAUACAUACACUUUAUAAAUGCUUAUAAAUGUUAAGUUAUUAAUAAAAGGUUAUUUCAAUAAUGUGGCUGUAGCAAGAUAAAAAGACAAAGUUAAAAGCCCUUUCUGUUAAAGGGGCACUCCAAUGGUUUGGCAUUGCAUUUCCCUAAGGUUGGAGGACUCGCAAGAGAUGGAUUACAAAGAGAGUGGUCCACAUCGAAGCAGCAGAGGCUGAGAUAUCCUGACUUUUAGUCCCUACUGUGGGUCAAGCUCCAGAAAGUGACUUUCCUGCCUCCUAUGGCCAUGUCGCUCCAACCCCAAAUCCCCAGGUUGUAACGCUGACUUUCUGUUUUGAGGUUUUAAGCUUCGAGCCCAGUCUGCGAUAACCCUGAUGGCAUCACUAUGACUUCUCUGCGGUUAAUUUUUCAGACUUUAGAAAAAUCAUUUCAGAGCCACAGAAGGCAAAUUACAACUCUUUUCACAGCCUGAGCAGGACUAACCAUGACGAGUAAACUGCUCUUCAUGCUUAUAAAUGGUGGAGUGCCCUUUUAAUGGCUUAUAACUAAAUCACAAAGCAUUGGUAAAUGAUUUAUUAACAUCACUAAGGCCAUUAGUUACAACUUAUAAACAUUUUGUAAAGGCUGCCGUAUUAGAAAGUGAUACCAACUGUUCUCGGGUCUGUCUUGUUCGGCAGAGCAAAUAUUUGUGAGGUGAGGUGUCAAAUAUGAGAUACGUUGCUUCCUUCUUGAAAAUUACCUUUUUUUUUCAAAAAUGAUCCUUUGCUUAAGUUUAAGAAUUGAUGAUUCACUUUGCAAGUGAAGAACGACCAUUACGUUGAGAAUAAAAAGUGACUAAAUAGUUUUGAUGCUUUUCCCAAAAACAAAUGUGACAUAUAAAAAAAUUAUUUUGGAAUAGAAGACACAGUCAUCUUAGCAAAAUAGCAUUUUAAAGUUUUCAGUUCUAAUUUGUGCCUGGUUAAGUUCGAAGCACAUGUCAUCAAGCAUGUUCAUGUUCAUUAUUUUGUCUGUUCCUCUGUGAUCGUUAACACACUGUCUCAUACACAUUAUCUCAUACACACACACAGAGUUUAACCCUUACACUCCUUUAAAAAAAAAAAAAA